CUUACUAUUCUUAGUUUUCAUCAUUGCUCUCAUAGAUGACAUCAUCCUUGUGAAACCUAAGACUAGUUUUUGAGAUAUCUUCCAAGGCCCUGCACCUCUGUGGACCAGCUGACCCAUCCAGACCUAUGGCCCAUGCCAAGGAACUGACUCACUGGUCUUGCAACCUCCACCUAGGAAUUGACUCAACACAAGAAGACAAUUUCUGCUUCCUGACCCUAUGAGUUCAGCCCCAGCCAAUUAGCAGACCCAAUUGCCUAGCCCUUUGCCCACUAUCUUUAAAAACUCUUUCUCCCAAAAUCUCAGGGAGAUGGGUUUGAGAAUUUCCUCCUGUCUCUUCACACGGUACCUGUGAUAUUAAACUCUUUCUCCACCGUAACACCUGCUGUCUCAGUGUAUUGGCUUUCUCUUGAGCAGCAGGCAAUGAAUCUGGUUGGGCUGUAACAUAGGGACCAGUCUCCAGGUGUUGGAGGAGACUCUGGAUCUCAACACAGGUAGGGUGUGCGCAACAGAGUGAUGCUGUGGUAAGCGUGGAACCUCUAUCCUGAGGGUCUGGGAGGCAUCACACCUGGAAACAUGAGGACGUUUUCCCAAGGUCCUCACCUCCACCUCUCCGGCUGCCAUCUUUGACUUCCUGUGUUUGAACCCAGACUGUGUGAUGUGCCCUUAAGAAGGAAGAGGAGAGACAGACAAUGCCCCAGAAUGUUGACCAUCGCUCUCAUAGCCCUUCUCUGUGCCUCAGCCUCUGCCAAUGCCAUCCAGGCAAGGUCCUCCUCCUAUAAUGGGGAGUAUGGAGGUACCGGAGGAAAGCGAUUCUCCCAUUCUGGCAACCAACUGGAAGGCCCCAUUACUGCCAUCCGUGUGAGAGUCAACAGCAACUACAUCGUGGGCCUCCAGGUGCGCUAUGGCAAGGUGUGGAGUGACUAUUCGGGUGGCAGCAGCGGAGACCUGGAGGAGAUCUUUCUGCACUCCGGGGAAUCAGUGAUCCAGGUGUCUGGCAAGUACAAGCGCUACCUGAAAAAGCUGGUCUUUGUGACGGACAAGGGCCGCUACCUGUCUUUUGGGAAAGACUCAGGCACGAGUUUCAGUGCUGUCCCCUUGCACCCCAACACCGUGCUCCGAUUCAUCAGUGGCCGAUCUGGCUCCGUCAUCGACGCCAUUGGGCUGCACUGGGACGUCUACCCCAGUGACUGCAGCAGCUGCUGAGUCCCCACCUGCUCUUGGCAGGAUGCUGUGGUGAGGAGUGAGAAUGCCCUCAUCACUAACCCCCAGCCAAAUGGCCCAAUAAAAGAAUAUGACUAACA